AUGCCUGUUAUUAAUAUUCCUAAAAAUGUAUUGAAUCUUGAAAUUGUUUUAUUUAAUGGUCAAAGUUUCAGAUGGCGAUCAAGAAAAACAUUAAUUUCAACAGAAUAUUAUGGUGUUGCUUAUAAUAGAGUAUGGAAAAUUGAACAACUUAAUGAUAAAACAUUAAAAUAUGAAAUUUUACACUCUUUUACAAAGACAAAUGAAGACAAAGAUCAUGCUAUAUUCAAUCAUUAUUUUAAUUUAGAUGUUAAUGUAACUUCACUUUCAAAAGAAUGGAUAAAUGAUAAAUAUUUUAAAAAAGUAAUAAAUGAACAUCCAAAUUUACUUGGAAUAAGAAUAUUAAAUCAAGAGGUUUUUGAGACAAUAAUUUCUUUUAUAUGUUCUUCAAAUAAUAAUGUACCUAGAAUAUCAAAAAUGGUUGAAAAAUUUUGUCAGUUAUAUGGUGAAUGUUUUGAAUAUGAUAAUAUGAAAUUUUAUUCUUUACCAAAUGUUGAAAAAUUACAAAAUAUUUCUAAUUUAAAUGAAGUUUUAAGAAAACAUUCAUUUGGAUAUCGUGCAAAAUAUAUUGCAGAUACAAUUUUAAUGAUUAAUAAAUUAGGUGGAUCCAAAUUUUUAGAAACACUUCAAACUAAAAGUACGGAGGAAGCUAGAACACAGCUAUUAAAAUUUUGUGGUGUUGGUAGAAAAGUAGCAGAUUGUAUAUUACUUAUGGGUUUACGUCAUUAUCAUGUGGUACCUUGUGAUGUCCAUGUGAAAAGAUUAGUCAAAAAAAAUUAUUUAUCAUCAUUAGACGAAAAAAAGUUCAAAGAUAAAGAUGUACACGAUGUACAAGAAUUUUUUGAGUUAAAAUUUGGAAAAUAUGCAGGUUGGGUUCAAUCAAUUUUAUUUACAGUACAAUUGUUAUCAUUGAAAAUUUAA